AUGAGAAAAACUAUAUUUUCUGUUUUAUUUAUAGGCUUUUCAUAUGUUAUUUCAAAAAAUAUUGCAUCUGGAUCAUUAGAUAUUAGCUUUGAUGCUGAUGAUGCUUUUCUUUAUCUUUUGAAGGGAAAUACGGCUAAAAAUAACUGUGAAAAGGUAUUGAAAGAAUAUUGUAGUUUAUUGAAGAAUUAUGAUGAUAAUUUCAAUGAACUUUGUAAUAAUAAUAAUAUUUGUGAUAAGUUGGGAAAUAAUGAUUAUCUUAAAGAGAAGUGUAAAGUUUUAGAAAAACUGGAAACUGGCUUUUCAGAUAACUGCGAUAACUUACUAGCAAAAUGCUUCUUUUUAGAAAGUUCAUGUCCUAAUGUUGCCUCACAAUGUAGUACAAUAAGAGAUGUAUGUUAUGGAAGGACAUAUGAAGAAUUUGCAGAUAGACUUAUUUUAAGACUAGUUCAUAAUUCUUUUGGUGAUAGCUUUGGAUGUCAAUCGAAAAUUCAAGAAUAUUGUCCUUCUUUGGCUUCAAAAACUCCCGAAUUGUUAUUAAAAUGUUUGAAUACAAAAGAAACGUGUGAAAAGCUUACAAGUUUUGCUGACAACAUUUGUAUUUCUUUAAAAGAUGCUGUCACUAAAGUAAAUGGAAAUCAUUCUCUAUUGAACAAAACUUGCAGUUUACUUCUUGAAGAAUGUCAUUAUUAUUUAUUAGGUUGUAAACCAAAGCACCCUGAAUUAGAUUCUUUAUGUCAAAACCUUAAGCAAAGUUGUGGAGAUGUAGGUAUUGUCUUUAGUCUUCCUUCUGCUUUCAAUCCUAUCGAACCGUCUUUAUCUAUUUUAACUAGAUUAGGUGCUGAUAAUCUUAUUCUCAGAGCGGAAGAAUCUGGUAUCGAGUUCAUUGAUAAUUUUUCAUAUCAUAAUAUUGAUUUCUUUUUGGCUUUAUUAACUGAAGGUAUUGAUGGUGGAACUACUGAAGAUAAAUGUAAAAAUGCUUUAAAUCAAAAAUGCUCUUCUAUUUCUCAUUUAAGUGACCAUCUUACUGAAUUUUGUAAAAAGAAAGAUGAUUAUAAUAAUAAAUGUAAAGCACUGGAAGAAAAUUUAACUAAAAUUAUUAAACAACUUAAAGAAAGCUAUCAAGAAAAUUUUAAAAAAAAAGAUCAAAAUAAUGAUGGUACGAAUUUGGCUAUUCCAUGGACUAGUUUGCCCGCACUUUCUAAGAAUAAUUGUAACUUUUUCUUGACACAACUUGCAUGUCAUAAGAAAACGCGUAAUAAUUAUAAUAAAACUCUUUUACAAAAUAUUUUGGAAGGACAUUUAAAUAUAGCAAGCCAUUCUACGAGUUCAUGUGUUACCAGGCUUCGUACUGAAUGUAAAAUAUCAAAAUUAUAUACAAGAGAAACUUUUGAGAUAUGUUUCGACUUGAAAAAAACAUGUAGGAAUAUUGUAAAUUUUAUUAAGGGGAAAUGUGAAGACUUACUUGGAAAUCUAAAUACUUAUUUAGAAUAUCCUGAUAAUAGUAAUUGCGAUUUACUUGAGUCUCAGUGUAGUUCAUUGGCUCUACAUUGUCCUUUUAUAGCCCGUCGUUGUUAUAUUUUUUCUGAUAAUUGUGAUAAAUAUAAAAAGUCAGUAGAAUUAAAAUAUGUGUUGUCAUCUCAGGGAGGUUAUUCUAUUGGGAGUAUGAAUACUUGUUUACGUAGUUUAAAUGAUAAAUGCGGAAAACUAGUCAAUCAGUGCAAUAUUAUGUAUGUAGAUCAAGGUAGAUCAAGGUCGCAUACAUGCAAAGUUAUAGUUUCUUUUGUCUGGACAAAUUGUUUAAAGUUUUUACAGAAUUUUCGCAGUUCUGGAAUUUUGAAGGAACAAUAUUCCAUAACCAGUGAUGAAUGUUUUCUUUGGAGGUCGUAUUGUAACAUGCUUGUAAAUAGUUGUAUUGGCGGGCUUAAAUCAUCCUGUUCCAACCUUAAUGAAAAAUGUAAAAAGUUUUUUGAACUCGAAACUUUUCAGACAGCUUUGUAUAAUGAUUUGGGGAAAUUUAAAGAUGAAAAUGAAUGCGUCACUCUAUUAAGUAAUUAUUGUAAAAAACCCAAAAAUCAGAGCUUAAAUGAUUUAUGUAAAGAAUAUAGUGAGGAAAAUGCUCAGAAAAAGCUUUGCCAGGAAUUUGUAUCUCGUUUAACGAAACAAUGUUCCGUUUUGUCAGAUGAAUUGCGAAGAAUUAAUGUAUCUUUAACAAAAAGCAUAUCAUUAGUCUCAGAUAAGUUAAUAUUAAAGGGUACUACGUUUAUGGUUGAGCUUUCUAUUAAAAUAAAAACUGAAUGUGAUCGUUUACUUAAUCAAUGUGAUAUUUUGGACAGUUGUGAUAAUAUUAAGAAAUCAUGUGAACAUAUUAAAACUCUCUGUGAAAAAUUUAAAGAGUUCGACUUGUCAUCGGGUCUUGUUACAAUCACUGUUACUUCUAUGGAUAUUCAUACACAUACACAUACAGAAGUUAUGAAAGUGACGAAUAUAGUUACGGAUUCAAAGUCAACUACACAAGCUACAACUUUAAGAAAUGCUGCAAUUCGUUCAAAUACUGUAUCAAAUUGGCCUGUUUUAUACCUUUCUACUAUUAUAGCUAUAUUUGUACUAGUAUUUUCAUAA